AAAAAACAGCAGCGGCGGCCGUUGGGGAAAGAGAGUAAAUAGAGAGAGAAGCCUCAAGAUGGCUGACUCGCAGGGCUCCGUCCACCUCUCCGGAGCUGCUGCUGCUGCUGCUGCUGCUGCUUUUACUGCGGUAGCUCCGGCGGUCGCCCCCGUCAAAAGCCACCUCGUCAAGCCGACCGAGGCGAAGGGAGCCCCUGACAACCGGUCGCAGUCUUCCCGGGAUAUCAACCCGCCGCCGCCCAAGAAGGUCCGAGUCGAGGAGAGGAGCGUGAAACCCAAGAAACUCAGCAGGGACGGAGGAGUGGGAGGCAAAGAGAAACUCCAGCAGCAGUCCACGAAGCAGCUGAGUUAUGGCAGCAGCCCGGAUCCGUGGAGCCUGGUUAAGACCCCUCCGGUGCCUGCUACCGGUGGAUCCCAACCACCGACUAACACCCACAAAGUCUUCAAACAGAGCGAUUUCUUCCUCCAUAAAGCGCCUUCCUCCUCCAAACCCAAGAAACCCAGUAAAGAUAAACAGCGGGAGAAAGAGAGGGAGAAAGGAGGAGGAGGAGAGGAGAAAAAGAAACAUAAAGUGUUGGUGACCUCCGGACACGGGAAUAACAUUAGUAACAACAACAACAACGAGAUCAGCAGAUUUAACAACACUCCUGCAGUGAAGAAUGGGGAGGUCAUGUUACCACCUAAAGAGCACUCCAAUAAGGACAAGGCGAAAGAGAGAGAGCGAGAGGAGAGGGAGAAGAAGAAGGUCAAAGACAGAGAGAGGGAGAAGAAGAAGCACAAAGUGAUCAACGAGAUCAAGAGGGAGAACGGAGAAGUCAAGCAGCCCAUUAAAGAUGAAAAAGAGAAAGCCAAGAUCAACACAGAGGAGCUGCAAAUCAAAAAAGUCAAGAAAAAAAAGAAAAAGAAACACAAAGAAGGCGAGAAGCACAAACGAGUGAAGAUGUACCACCGCUCCAGUCAGACCGUUUGUGCCAGCCUGCUCCUCCACUCUCCUCCAUCCUCACCUCCCACCAACUCCCCCCUGUCUCCGUUCAAGUCCCCUCUCCCUGUUUACCCUCCACCUAACAACAAAACUCACCUCCUGCCUUCCUCCCCUCCUCUUGCCUCCAAAUGUCCCAUGAACUCCUCUCUCCAAAGCCCCCCAUCGUUUGCAAAGACGCUGCUACCUUCCCAGCCGAAACACCAGCCGCUGUGCUCCUCUCCUGGCAUGGCUGGGCUGGAAUUUGCCUCGUACAUCCACAUAGAGAACCAGCCUAACGGAGGAGCCUUGGUGGCCCAUGCCUACACCUCCCAGCUCUCUUGUCUCUCCGCCAUACAGAUGCAGAGAUUCGCCCAGGAGUUUGUCACCUUGUCUUUUAGUGAGGACUCAGCCCUGGCAGCUCAUUACGUCAUGGGGAUUGUCCACGGAGAAGCUGGCUACCUGCCCGACUUUUUGGAUUACUUCUCCACCAAGUUCCCAUCAGCUCCAGUCAAAAUGGAAAUACUGGGCAAGAAAGAUAUUGAAACCACGACCAUGGCUAAUUUCUACUCUCAGGUGAAGAAAACGUACAGUAAUGGCACUUACAGAGCCGGGGCAAUGAGACAGAUCAGCCUGGUGGGAGCGGUGGAUGAGGAGGUGGGGAAUUAUUUCCCAGAGUUCCUCGGCAUGCUGGACGAUUCGCCUUUCCUGAAGCGGACUCUUCCGUGGGGAACCCUCUCCAGUCUGAGGCAGAUGAGUCCCACAGAGAGUGACGACGGGCCGAUAAUGUGGGUCAGACCAGGAGAGCAGAUGAUACCUGUAGCUGAUAUACCAAAGUCGCCUUUUAAAAGGAAACGCUCCACCAAUGAGGUGAAGAACCUGCUGCAGUCGCUGCCCAGGACCAGCGAGCCCAGAGAGAUGCUUUUUGAGGAUCGGACCCGGGCUCAUGCUGACCACAUCGGGCAGGGCUUUGAGCGUCAAACAACAGCUGCUGUCGGGGUGCUGAAGGCCGUACGCGCCGGGGAAAGCUCGGGCCCUCCUCGUGUAACCAAAGACGUUGUGUGUUUCCACGCUGGUGAUUUCCCUCAUGUGGUUCAGAGGCUGCAGCUGGAUCUACAUGAACCUCCGCUGUCUCAGUGUGUGCAGUGGGUGGAUGACGCCAAGCUGAACCAGCUGCGGCGUGAGGGCAUCCGCUACGCCCGCAUCCGCCUGUGCCACAACGACAUCUACUUCAUCCCCCGCAACGUGGUCCACCAGUUCAAGACCGUGUCGUCCGUCUGCAGCCUGGCAUGGCACGUCCGCUUGCAACAAUACCACCAAGGAGAGAGGGAGGAAGAGGAGGAGGAGGAGGAGGAGGAGGAAGAGGAGGAAGACAGUGAGGAAAUGAAGGAGGAAGAGGAGGAGAUUGAGUUGAAGGAAAGGGAGAAGGAAAUGUUGGACAGGAAAGAGGAGGAGGGGAGGAGGAGAGAAAAAGAGGAUGAACCAUGUGAGAAGGGGCAGGUUGACGUGGCAGAAAAAAGGACGUUGCCAGCUAUCAAAAAGGAAGAGGAGGAGCACCGUCAUCCGCCUCUGAAUCCGGCUCUCUCGUCUCCUGCUGCUCUUUCCACAGACUCGAACGUGAGCAGUAGGAGGGACAAAAAGGAGGAGAGGGAGAAAGACAGAGUCAAACCCAAACAGCAGGAUUCAGCUCCUGCAAAAGUGAAAGCAGAACAUCCCUCUCCUUUAAAACAUAAAACCCCUUCCUCUCCUCCUCAUCAGGACACUAAACCCAAAGCAGCACCAUCAAAGCACCUUCAUCACCACCAUCAUCAUCACCAUCAUUCAGAGAGCAGGACAUCUUCCAGUAAAAGCUCCUCCUCUUUGGUUUCUAAGCCCCUCGUCUCCAAGUCUUCCUCGUCUUCUUCUUCUUUGGCAUCUCCUCUGGGCUCCUCUUUAGCUCCACCAACUCUAUCCUCGACCUCCUCGUCAUCUUCUGUUCCUGUUACAUCGUCCUCCGUGUCCACCUCCCACCCAUCCUCCAAACCCAGUCAAAAACCUGCAGCUACUUCUUCCGUCUCUUCUUCCUCCUCCUCCGGGUCUGAAAAAGCGAAGGGCAAAGACUUUCCCCGCCUGAAAACAGACGACUCAACAAACACACGGACACACAGACCUGCUGUGGAUGUAAAGCAAACACGCACAUCCUCGAGUUCGCAGGUAGACACACGGACACACCCGUUAGCCAGAACGCUGACAGACUCGAAAUGGACUCUCAGUUCGGACUCAAGGACCUCGUCUUUGGAUCCACAGAGGCCAGGAAGCUAUUUGCAGCAGUACACCCCCAAACACCUCCCACCUCCUCCCCCCAUCCCUCACAUGCUCCCCCCGUCUUUCCCCCCUCUCCUUCCUCCCUCCAGCCUCCCUCACAGACCUCCAAUGCUCCCCCCAAAUACCCUAUCCAACCCUGUACAGCCCCAAAGUAUGAACUCUUACCUCCCUCAGACCCCGCCCCCCCAUUCUGCCCACAUGAACCAGCUCCACCUGCCUCUACCUCCUCAACCUAACCUCACCGCGCAGUCCCAACCAUACUACCACCCUCCCCAAUCUCUCCCUCCUCCUCCCCUCCCUCACCAUCACCAGUACUCCCCGCACGCCAAACCCUUCUACCCACCUCAGCACCCUCACUUCCCCUCCCACCCCUUCCUCCCCCCUCAGUCGUACCUCCCCCAGCCCACUUCUUACCCGCUACAACCACCAUACCAAAGUCCACCACUACCACAGGUUCAGCACUCUCAGCCUUUUCCUCACCCGCCUCCUCUUCCUUCCUCCUCGCCGCCUCCCCCGCCUCCUUCUCUACCACCUCCUCUGCCCCCCCAGCCUUCCUCCUCCUACCUCCCCCAUCCCCCAAAGCAUGAAGAGCAGAUUUUAUAGUAGUUUUUGUACAUAAUGAAGCUGUUUGAAAUGACUGUAUAUGUACAACAAGGUUUUAUCUUGGUUGUGUUGUUGUAAAAAGGAAAGAAGACAGGAACAGGAUAAUGUAGUUUUUAAAGCAGAUUUUGACUUUAUUUAUCCCGUAGUGCUUGGGUUCAAACAUUUUGAGUAUUGACUGCAUUUAUUGGUAGUGUCGGCCUUUGUUAUUAUACGACUGCACCAAUUCUGACUCUGAGAAAGACAUUUUCAGCCUCAAGGUUUGAGAUUUUGAGAAAAACUGCUGUCUGGUUCUGUUUGUAUGUGAGCAAAAUCUUCAUAUAUCAGAAAAUCUAUCAUAGGAAGGAAGGCAAAGACAAACAAUUAGUCUCCAAUAUUUAUAAGAAAAAGGUCACGUGAUGACCUCUUUUGUUGUUGUGAAACUUGCAGCUAAUGCUUCCAUUUUUGUUGUUUUUUAUUGUGUAUUCUCUGUGCCCAAGACUGUCUCUGGAAUGAUGAUGGGUCGAAUUGCAAUAUUAUACAAAACAGUGUUGUAUAAAAAUUGCUACAUUUCAUCCACUAUGUUGAAUUGAUACAUGUUUAUCAAUACAAAUCACGGCUGAACUUUUCCAUAAUAUUGUAUUCGAGCAAUACUGCUCUGCAGUUAUCUGUUGGGUUUAAAUGCAUUUCCUAAAUAUGGAGAUGGGGGCAGCUGGUAUCUGUAUUUUUAUUCUGGUUUUAAAUUGAUAGACAGCAAAAUCAUGUCCAAUGAAAAGGGCAAUUAUGAGGGGUGUUUCAAUUGGAGGAUUUUUUCAACUUUUUAUAGUGUUUUACAGUCCAGGAAAAUUCUUAGUGAAGUAUUUUUGUGCCAACCAACAAAAGAAACCCACAAAGGCAAAUUACAGCACAGUAUACAGUAACAUCAUAAUGAAAUGGAGCCACAAUUUUAAAAAGUUUCACACGUGUAGCGGUCAUUUGCUACAGAGACCCUGAAGUCCCAAAAAGUACUUAUUUUUUAUUGUGUGCACAAGAUAUUCACUUGUGUGCUCAGUGGAGUUUAUUUGUGGGAACAAGUUAUUAUCUAAUGCAUGCAAGUUGUUCACUUGUGCACACUAUAAUAACUUCUUCCUGUGAGAUAAUAAUAAUUUAAGCACAAGUUCUAAUCUUGUUUGCACAAUAUAUUUAUCUUGUGGGAACAGGUUAUCAUCUUGCGUGCACAAGUUAAUAUUUAAUGCUUACCAUUUAAUAUCUUGUGCGCACAUGAUAAUUAUCUUAUUGGAAUUACCUUGUGUGCACAAGUUAAUAUCUUGUGUGCACAAUGUAUUUAUCUUGUAGCAACAAGAUAAAAUUUAAUGCUCACCAUUUAAUAUUUUGUAAGCACAAGAUAUGAACUAAUGCACACAAGAUAAUUCUUUUACUCCAAUUAUCUUGUGUGCAAAAGUUAAUAUCUUGUACGCACAAGAUAAACUUAUCAAUGUUUGGAACUAUAGAGGCUCUGUUAUUCACUGUCUCAGCAAGAGCGAUUUGAAAAUGUUGACACUAACACAGAUCUGUAUGCUAGAUAUCAAGCUGUAUCUGGCACCUGGUUAGCAUGUUGGCAUGAAGACUGCGAUAUGAGUUAAGUCACCUUUGUGAGCAGCCAGACAGGCGGCCUAGGAGUUACUUCUCUGGACAAGAUAUCAUUUGACACAUCCCCAGUAAAACCACAAGACUGGAAUCUUUUAAAAUACCUUUGUUUUAUGAAGUUACUGAACUACUAAUAAUGAGUUAAUUAGCUAGCUUGUGACAGAGCCAGGUUAGCUGUUUCCCACUUAUUUCCAGUGCUAAGGUCAGCAAAUUUGUUGCGUGUAAUUUUGUACAAAAUUAGAGUGGGAACAAUCUAAUUCAGUGAUUAAAAAAAACCCCAAGAAGAAUAAGCCUCUCCCCAAAACUAAAAACGAUUAUUUUUAGAUGUUGCGAUUUCUUGUACAUUUACCAAAAACAGAGAGCUCUCAGAGAAACCUUUGUGGGGUUUUUAAGUUAUAUUAUUGGGGCUUUUACACCUUUAUUGAUAGAGGGAGAGGACAAUGGAUAGAGUAGGAAACUAGGAGAGAGUGGGGGAAUGACAUGCGGGUAAGGAGCCACAGGCAGGAUUCGAACCCGUGCCGCCCGCUACAUGGUCUUGCAACUUAACCAGUAGGCCAAGUCUGCUCCCGUGUUUUUUAAAUUGACAUUGUCAUUUGGAUGAUUUCCAUUUCACGACCUGAUCCAUUGAUUGUAAUGGACUGAAAAGGUAAUUGUUCAGGGUAAUGAAACUUUAUAUAUAUAAAAAAAAACUUUAACACCAUGAAUUUUCUGAAGAUGUUAUGGGAAGAGAAUAACACAACAAGUAGAGCAAUAUCAUAAAAAUGCAGCUGUUCAAGACCUCCUAAAUGUGACUUAGUAAAGCACUUUUUUUAACAUGGGUUUAUUAACUACUGUUUUAAUACACUUAAUGUCAUUGAGAAUUCUUAGUAAAUGAAUCCUAAAUUACCAACAGGGCAUUUUCAGGUUCUUCCAAGUUAAUUGUGUCUAUGAUAAAACUGUUUUAUUUCUGAAUGCUCUGAGACACACAGAAGGUACACUGUUAAAAGUUCUUUUUUUCUGAAGCACUAUUUAUGUAUUUACCUGAAGUUGACUUCUUUUACACUUUAAAUGUUUUAUUUAUCAACCAGAGACUGAAGGCCCCUCUUUUGUUUUAUAAAGUACUAAAAAUGAUUGACUGUGUUUCAAGACUAUGAAGAACACCCUUGUUUAAGUUCUCACUUCACAUGUUCAAACUUUUUUUGGUCAUGUAUGUCUUGAUUUUAAAAUCAUUAUUGGAGUACAACCCACUUGCUAAUGUAGCCCACAACAUUUCCCUAGUGCCUGUCCUUAACUGUGAACUAAUGAAUGGCCCAGAGCCAUGUAGAGAAGAGAGUUCUGUCAAUGUAUGCCAGUCCCAGUUUUUUUUUUACUGCACAAUUCCCCAAAUUGGUCUCUAAAGCUGCUGAAAACUCUCCGCAUGUCUUCGUAAGUCAGGGAGGAGUGAAACUGUGGCUUUGAAAUUUUGAAAAAAUCAAAUCCAAACUUUCAGCUCUCUUCAGGAAUUCCUUUCAGAGACAGAACUCUUCUCUCUGUGGCUCUGGGGAGAGCGAAGUGAUAAUGAAGCACUUGAUGCCAGUUGCAAGGCGCUCUGCAGCUCUUUAUAUGCUUUCUGGGUUUCAGAUGUUACAAAAGAAACUGACAGGAUCUUAUAUUUUCUUUGUACAAAUGUGAAAAAAAAUUAUAGUUGAAACAUCACAAGUGUU